CCGAAUGUUAGUGUAUGUGAUAUUGACGAUGCAGUUAAGGAAGCAGUUAAAAAAUUUAGGUUUAGAAAAUUUGAAACCAAUUCGGCCUUAAUAUUAAAAGUUGACAGACAGGCUCAGGUGAUAAGUGUGGAUAAUGAAAUUGAGAUUUCUGGACUUGAUGAACUUCAGGAUUAUUUGCCUAGCCACGAACCAAGAUAUGUUGUUUACACUUGUAAAUUAGAACAUCGUGAUGGCCGCAUUUCAUUUCCUAUGUGCUUUAUAUAUAUUACACCAAGGGAUUGUCAAACUGAUCUUCAGAUUAUGUAUGCUGGAACCAAGCUGGCAUUACAAAAAGAAGUCGAUCUUAGUCAUGUAUAUGAAGUUCGUGAAUUAGAUGAGCUUACAGAUGAAUGGAGAAACCACAAAAUGAUCCACUCCAAUUUUAUAUUUUAUCAAAAGAUAUAUGUUUAUCUAUCUAAACAAAUAGUAAAUUAG